GCCGCGAGCUCCUCCCCGGGCCGGGCUGGGAGCUUGCAAACUUUAUAAAUUGAGUUUAGGCAAAGCGGUGGGGGAAAGCGAGCGGCCGGCCGGAGGCAGAGCGAGGCGUGGCGGCAGAGCAGAGGGGAAGGACUCGGAGCAGGGCGCUGGAGGCUGUGCCUUGCUUCCCACACUGCGAUCCCUUGCGCCGGGUUAGUGCUGCUCUGCCGCCCUGGGAUCGCCCACCAUGUCCACGGCGCUGGUGUCUCCGACCAUCUUCGACCUGAGCGAAGUUCUGUGCAAGAGUAACAAGAUGUUGAACUACAGCCCUUCAGGUGUUGGAGGGUGUCUGUUGGAUAGGAAGGCAGUGGGCACCCCAGCUGGCGGGGGUUUCCCUAGGAGGCACUCUGUCACCUUGCCCAACUCCAAGUUUCACCAGAACCAGCUCCUAAGCAGCCUCAAGGGGGAGCCGGCCCCUGUGCUGGGUCCCAGGGAAAGCCGUUUUCGGGACCGCUCCUUCUCUGAAGGUGGUGAGCGCCUGCUGCAGCAGAAGCAGCCCGGGGGACAAAUCAACUCGAGCCGCUACAAGACAGAGCUGUGCCGCCCCUUCGAGGAGAACGGUGCCUGCAAAUAUGGUGACAAGUGCCAGUUUGCCCACGGCAUCCAUGAGCUGCGGAGCCUAACCCGCCACCCCAAGUACAAGACCGAGCUGUGUCGCACUUUCCACACCAUCGGCUUCUGCCCUUAUGGGCCUCGUUGUCACUUCAUCCACAAUGCCGAGGAGCGCCGUGCUGUGGCUGGGGGCCGGGACCCCACCAUCGCCGACAGACCCCGCCUCCAGCACAGCUUCAGCUUUGCUGGCUUCCCCAGUGUCACUGCCAAUGGGCUGCUGGACAGCCCCACCUCAGUCACCCCACCACCCAUGCUGAGCGCUGAUGACCUUCUGGGCUCGCCCACCUUGCCAGAUUGUGCCAGCAACCCCUUCACCUUUUCCAGCCAGGAGCUGGCCACUCUCUUUGCCCCCAGCAUAGGGGUGCAGGUGUCCAGUGGGGGUUCACCCACUGCUUUCCUCUUCAGGCCCAUGUCUGAGUCCCCCAACAUGUUUGACUCACCCCCCAGUCCUCAGGACUCCCUCUCUGAUCAGGAAGGCUAUCUGAGCAGCUCCAGCAGCCACAGCGGCUCAGAUUCACCCAUCCUGGAUAACUCGAGACGUCUUCCCAUCUUCAGCAGACUCUCCAUCUCUGAUGACUAAACUGGGGUUUCCUCUUGCCCUCCUCCCACCUUUAUUACAAUGUUAAGCUGAAACUCCCUCCCCCCCCCAUGCCCCCAAUCUAAGGGUUAGAUGUUAACCUAAAGACUGUCCACUUGCCUGUAGCUGACUCACUGGCUUAGACCUUAAGUGCCAAAUUACAAUAAAAAGCAAUAACCGUUUACAAAAUUAGUGCCUUUGAACAUUUUCACUGUGACUGUAUUACCUCUCUGGCUGCAGAGGGCACCAGCAGCCUCCUUUAAAGCUCUGUGCACUUCCAGAUGUGCAGGGAAUAUCCAGAACCAACUGCUCCCUCCACUGGCCACAAUAAUACAUUGUUCCUUCUCCCCUCCCUUCCCAUUGGCCAGUUUCUGCUAGACUUAAUGGCACGUGGACAGCGGUUAACAUCCAACCCUUUUCCCCUUUAAAGACUAAUCUUGCCUGGGUCUGCUCAGGUCUGCAGGAAGAAAAAGCUGAGAAUGGACAAAGAUUGUAACAUGAAUGGGACUUGUGAUUGGGGGAAAAAGCCAGAUGGACUAUGAAAGACUUGAUUUUGGUGCUAAAAGUUCCCCAUGUAUACAUGUGACAUCUUUACAAACAAUAAAUACAACUAGAGGGGGUGGGCAAAUGGAAUUCAUUCCACACACGCAAGUUCCGUGUAUUCCAAGUUCCAGUAGACAUAGCUUUAAUGGUUUUGCUCUAGAGUACGUUAGAUCUAUCUUAGAGCACUCACGCCAAGCUUUUUAUUAUUUUUUUUUUCUGGGUUUUUAAUUUUGUAUAACUUUUCAGAAAUUGGAGAGCAAAUUUUGCUUGUCACUGCACAACAAUAUAAAAAAAGCUUAUUUAACUUAUCAAAACGUAUUUAUUGCCGAAACCUAUGCUUUUUGUUAAUUUUGUUCAUAUUUAUCGGGAUGAUGAAUCCAUAGAAUAUAUUCUUUUAUGUUUAAAUUAUGAUCUUCCAUAUUAAUCUUAAGAUUGUGAAGUGUCUUUUUUCCUUUUUUCCCCCCACAGUUUAAUAUAUUAUACUACAAUGACAUUUUUGUAACUUUACACUUUUUUGGUUAUUUUAUUUUAAAAAAUGAAAAAUUAAUUUAAAAAAAAUGCAAAAACUGUGUUUGGAUUAUUUAUUUUAGAAUUUCCUCCCUUUUUUGUGUUGGACUGCAAAUUGAGUUAAUGUGCUCCUUUGCCUUUUCUCUUCCUCCUCCUCUUCCUUCCCCUCCCCCCUAGGUCAUACAACACCUGGGCUUUAGAAUGUAUGUGUAUAAGCUUUGUUGUGAGACAGUAUAGAAGGAAGACAUUUUACUUCCUUUUUUUUUUUCGAUAGCUUCUUAAAGGAGACAAAAGCCUUUGGCUUAAAGUGCCUAUUUGAAGACAUUCCAAAUGCAGUUUGUCUUUGCCUUUCUGUAUUCUGAGUUUGGAGUUUUCCUUGUUGAGGUGAAUGGGACUGGCACAAAGAAAAUAAUGAAUGUAAUUUUUUUCCCCUGUUACUGUUCACUACAUUGCUUUUUUUUCUCUGUGAGUUUAUUUAAAAGAAUCUCUUUUGUAACGACUGUUUGCAGUUUAAAUCAAUAAACCCCAAGUUUUUUC